AUGGGCAAUCUUUUGAGGAGGAACUACUUUGAUGAAGUUGAGUCUCUCUCAAACUUUCUGCAGUACAAUUUCACUACUGACUGCUAUGUAGAUGAGAGGACACGCUGCUCUUUUGCGCAGUUGUGCUCAGGAAGUAGUUGUGGAGAAAACCAGGUCAUACCGCUAUUCAACCUUAUCUACCGCAAUGCUUCAUCGAGGCUACAUCCAAAUUUUCGUCUCACCUUUCCCACCAUGCACUUGUACAAUGAUGAGUACUAUGUUGGUGAACACUUUGGUGGAGUAGAAAUCGACACCAAUACAAACGUAAUAUCAUCUGUGAAAGUUGUCGUAUUGUAUUUCCGAACAGAUAGACAGAACGAACAGGUUGCUUUCAGUCUACAACGGUGGGAAACGAGUAUUUUUGAUUAUGUGGAACACUUCCAACAUCCUUUCCUUAAUAUAUCAUGCAAUAGUGAUGCAUUAAUUGCGAGGGAGGUUCGCAAAAAUGGAAUGCUAUGCAUACCGUACUUUGCAAUCUCCGUCGCUCUCGUCUACGUUUUUAUUCUGGUCACUAAUCGUCGUGAACAUUUUCGACUGGGACAUUCCGUCUUUAUGGCUUUUCUAGGAGUAGCCGGACCGCUGAUGGCAGUGGGCACCACGUUCUCCCUGCUUUUUCUUCUGGGAGUGCCAUUCAAUUCCAUCACACUCGUUAUGCCUUUUCUAAUCAUUGGCGUUGGCUCUGACGAUGUUUUUAUUAUCAUUCAUGCCAUGCGUAAAACGGACAAACGACGACCACUGGAAGAUCAGAUAGCCGAAACGAUGGAAGAAGCAGGCCCCUCUAUUACCGUAACAUCCGUCACCAACAUUCUAUCCUUUGGCAUAGGUAUUCUCACUCCUACCCCAGCCAUCUCGUUAUUUUGUCUCUACACAUGUGUUGGCGUAGCGAUUGAUUUUGUCUACCAGCUGACUUUCUUCGUCGCUGCUUUGGUGUAUGAGGAAAUGCGGAUUACGAAUCCGGAAAAGCCACCCAUCGAAACCGCCAUCAAAACGAAGCAGAUAGUAACAGCACAGCUAUCAGUACGAUCGCUUUAUCCGGCAGACCCUGACGGAAUCGUAGCCAAGUAUUGCAGAAUCUUGAAAUUGUGGCAGGUUCGCCUUGGCCUGCUUUUCAUUCUUAUUUUAUACUGGACCGCUUCUAUCUACGGCUGCAUGAAAAUGGAGAUUCGUAUGGAUACAACAAAUCUAGUCAUGCGUGACAGUCCACUGCACAACAUCGCUUAUGUUUACGAGAACAUUCUUUGGAAGGAAGGACAACUUGUUUUAGUCUUCGUGAACAAUCCUCCGGAUCUUUCAAAAGAAGACAAUCAACGGCGAAUGCUCGGACUUGUAGGAGACUUCGAGAGUUUGCCAUUUUCAAUGGGCAAAAAUUCAACAUCAUUUUGGUUGCGAUCAUUCCUUCACCAAUCCUCGUUAUAUCCAUCGAAGGAAGAAUUCUAUCCUUUAUUGGAUUCGUGGCUCCAGGACCAAGAAAAUGGAGGUUCGAGAUGGAAUGACAUGAUACGGUUGAAGCGGGAUGUAAAUGGAGCGGUGAUAGGACUGGAAAAGUUUAUGUUCGCUACAGCGUCUGCGAUGGGUGAACAAGCUAGCUGGAAUACUAGAGCUAGAUUGCAGCAUAGCUGGCGAGAAGCAGCAAAACGCAACAGCGAAUACAAUGUGACAAUAUUCCAGACCUACUCGUUCUACAUCGAUCAACUGGAUUCUAUUGGUAGCAACACCCUGUCCACUGUAAUUGUAGCCGCGAUUACCAUGGAUUUGGCUUGUUUUCUUAUGAUACCCAGUGCUAGCUCUAUUAUAUCCAGUUCCAUUGCCAUGCUUUCUAUCAACAUUGGAGUGUUCGGAUUGUUAUCAUUGUGGGAUGUCAACCUUGAUCCAAUAUCCAUGUGCACAACUUUGAUGAGUAUAGGCUUUUCAGUGGACUUUACAGCACAUAUAAGCUAUCACUACUAUCGAAAUCCGAUAUCAUGGACUACGGAUGAGCGACUAGCAGAUGCCUUGAGAUCGAUAGGGUGGCCGAUGAUUCAAGCUGGCUGUUCAACAAUAUUUUGCAUUUCUCCGCUUUUGUUGAUUGAUUCCUACAUGGUCUACGUCUUUACAAAAACAAUCUAUCUGGUCAUUGGACUCGGUCUCCUACACGGAAUUGUUUUCCUCCCCGCUUUGUUGCUGACGAUUGGAUGUGCUAGGAUGGAUGAUAAAGUGUCGGAAGUUCCCGAAAAGAAGAUCACGAAGACACUGGAAAUAACCGAAUUGGAAAACAGGCAAAAAGAAAACGAUGAGAAUUCCAAUGCUUUCUCUGGAAGGAAAGGCCGAGGACAAGGCUAAAGAAUGCGCACGUCAACUAGCCAGAACAGGUCAUAGAAUCUCAGCUUUGAGUCCGUAUAAGUUCAUUUGUCUUUGUGCUAUCUCAUUUUGGUGCUCAGUUUGCUUUGUAUAUAUUUGUAUUUUGCUCUUAAUUUAUGUGAUGAAAUGUUUUGACAGGUUCAGUUCACUUAUCCACAUUUUUUUUUACAUCUUCU